CAGAGAACAGAACAUUACAAACAAACAAACAAAUAUUUCCCUCUACCUUAGAUUCAAGCAUAAACCUACAGAGAAACGAAACUGAACUCAUCACGCAAAACAAACAUGCAGGAAACCGGAGAAGAUGGUUAUUUAUGCCCCAGCUUUAAUAAUUUUGGAUAUUUAGCAGAAAUGGCUGCUAAAAUCUCCGAUGAAUUUCAGUCAUCGGAGAACAAUAGCUUUGACGGAGAUAACAGUGGCGACGAAGAUUUUGAAUUCUCUUUAGUCAGUGAAAAUCCUGAUACCACGGAAUUCAUCUACAACGACGGCCAAACUAAAUUCCAGUCAAUUUUCCCUGUUUUCAACCGCGAUCUAUUACUAACCCCUGAUGAGGAUUCUAAGAAAGUUAACGAUGAUAAGUCUGCUAGUUCAAUUCGUAUUCCUUUGAAGAAUUUAUUUCUUGAAGAACAGGAAUCAUCGACUUCGUCGGAGGCCGAUGAAUUGGAGACGAUACCUGAGGGAACAUAUUGUGUGUGGAAGCCGAAGAUCACUGAGCCGUCACCGGGAAAAUGUAAGAAGAGUAAAUCAACAGGAUCGGCGUCGAAACGGUGGCCUAGGAUUCGAGAUUUGUUACGGAGGAGUAAUAGCGACGGGAAGGAUAGUUUCGUAUUUCUCCCACCGAAAAAGUCGAUAGAAAAUAACAACAUACCUCGUACAAUCUCACAAGUGAAUUCUGCAGAGAAUAACGUAUAUGCAAACCUUACUCUCAUCUUGAGAGAUAGCGAGACUAUUUCAGAUAAACUCUCGGCUCAAAGAAAAACAAACCAAAUCAGUCAAGAAAAGGAAAAGGGGAUAAAAGACAAAACAGGAAAAGCAAAGCUGGCCGGAAAAUUGAAGGGGUCACCAGCGCCGGCGGCUACUCAACAGGCACUUUAUUAUGUACGAAAUAGAGAGGGUAAAGAAGUUGAUAAAAAUAGGAGAAAAUCGUAUUUACCGUACAGGCGAGAUUUAAUAGGAUUUUUCGCCAUUGGUUUGAGUAGACCAUUCUAACACCAUGUAAAUGCCUCUAGUAAUCGAUUAUUAUCGAUUUUUUUGUACUACUAGGUGAUUUUACAAACCAGCCAUUUCACUAUGUAUGUUGGUUUUUUAAUUCUCAAUUCUUAAAUGAAAUUUUUUUGACUAGUAA